CUAUCCAAGCUAUGCACACAAAAUUACAAAUUCAGACCUUUUUUGACAGCAAAAUACAGAAACAGCCCACCUGUUCACUAAGUUGACAGUAGAAAAAAUAGCCCAUUUAAAAAAAACAAAACCCAUUUACAUAAAUAAUCCAAAAACCCAUCUGCAUCACCCCAUCUAUCAACUAAACAACAAUACCAGAUACAAUAAUAAUAGAAAAGGAAGGAGCUCUUGGAUCCAGAUCUUCUGCUUUCUUCUAUAAACAAAACAUGGGGUUCCCCCCUCUACAAUCCCAAAACAGAUCACCUGUUCUCUGCUCUCAGCAAUGCCUGCAACGCUAAGGAACCUCUUGCUUUCUUCCAAUAUCUUCUCCUUCCUCCUCCUCCUCCUCCUCUCAAUAAACCCUCUUUUCUUCUCUGUUUGCUUCUCCAUUGAUGAGCAGGGCCAAGCCCUUUUAGCAUGGAAGAACAGCUUAAACAGCUCCACAGAUGCACUGGGGUCAUGGGAUCCUUCAGCCUUAAGUCCAUGCAACUGGCUUGGGAUCCGCUGCAACUCCAAUGGUCAAGUGGUUCAGAUAAGCUUGAAAUCAGUAAAUUUGCAAGGGACACUGCCUUCAAACUUUCAACCUCUCAAGUCCUUGAAGACCCUUAUCCUUUCAUCAGCAAAUCUCACUGGCACAAUUCCAAAGGAACUGGGAGAAUAUCGCGAGCUUGGUUUCCUCGAUCUCAGCGAUAAUUCUCUCAGCGGCGAAAUCCCAUUGGAAAUAUGCAGGCUAAGCAAACUGCAGAGCUUAUCUCUCCAUAUGAACUUGCUCCAAGGCGAAAUCCCAUCCGACAUUGGAAACCUUUCCAGUCUCAGGUAUCUGACUGUCUAUGACAAUCAACUCUCCGGCGAAAUUCCAAAGAGUAUUGGAUUGUUGAACAAGCUAGAGAUUUUCCGGGCAGGGGGGAAUAAAAAUCUAAAGGGUGAACUGCCUUUGGAGAUUGGAAAUUGCACCAACUUAGCCAUGUUAGGCCUUGCUGAAACCAGCAUUUCCGGACACCUUCCAUCCUCAAUUGGGAUGCUGCAAAGAAUUCAAACCAUAGCCAUUUAUACAUCUCUCUUGUCAGGUCCUAUCCCAGAAGAAAUUGGAAACUGCAGUGAGUUACAGAACCUGUACUUGUAUCAGAAUUCUAUUUCAGGUUCCAUCCCCCGGAGAAUUGGGGAGCUCGGGAACCUCCAGAGCCUACUUUUAUGGCAGAACAGCUUAGUGGGUACAAUCCCAGCCGAGCUCGGAAGCUGCAGAGAGCUCACAAUCCUGGACUUAUCGGACAAUCUCUUGACGGGAAGCAUUCCAGGGACUUUCGGAGACCUCUCAAAGCUUCAACAACUUCAGCUGAGCAUUAACCAGUUAUCCGGUAGCAUACCUUCGGAAAUCUCGAAUUGCACAGCUCUCACGCAUCUGGAAGUCGACAACAACAAUCUCUCUGGCGAAAUUCCCAAUCUUAUCGGCAAUUUAAUGAGCUUGGUUCUAUUCUUUGCGUGGAAGAAUAAGCUGACAGGAAACAUUCCGGGAAGUCUUUCCCAGUGCCAGGAUCUUCAGGCAAUUGACCUCUCUUAUAACAACCUUUCUGGUUCAAUUCCAAAACAAAUCUUUGGGUUGCAAAAUCUAACCAAACUGCUCUUGCUUUCCAACAAUUUAUCCGGUUUUGUACCGCCGGAUAUAGGGAACUGCACAAAUUUGUACAGACUCCGAUUAAACGACAACAGAUUGGCCGGGAAUAUUCCAUCGGAAAUUGGAAAUUUGAAGAGUUUGAAUUUUCUCGAUAUGAGCAACAACCAUUUCGUUGGAGAAAUUCCUCCGUUAAUAUCCAGAUGUGAAAACUUGGAGUUUCUCGCUCUCCGCUCAAAUGGGUUCACGGGUCCUCUGCCGGAGAUGCUGCCGGCGAGAGUCCAGGUUCUGGAUAUUUCGGAAAAUAGGCUUUCAGGACCGUUGAAGGGUGCUGGCAUUGGAUUAUUGGUUGAAUUAUCCAAACUUAUUCUUGGAGGGAAUCAACUUUCCGGCAGAAUCCCGACGGAGAUCGUGGCCUGCAAUAAACUAACACUGUUGGACCUCGGGAAUAAUGGCUUCUCCGGCGAAAUACCGAGCCAGCUUGGUCAACUUCCGGAGCUGGAAAUUUCCCUCAAUUUAAGCUGCAACCGACUUUCCGGCGAGAUCCCACCACAUUUCUCCGGCCUCACCAAGCUGGGAGUCCUCGACCUUUCCCGCAACAAGCUCGCCGGAAACUUAAACCCUCUCGCCGGCCUCCAAAACCUCGUAUCCCUCAACGUCUCCUUCAACGAAUUCUCCGGUGAAUUGCCCAACACCCCAUUCUUCCGAAACCUCCCGGCCAGCGACAUCGCCGGAAACCCAGCCCUCUCCAUUUCCGGAAACGGCGUUCUUCCUCCCGCCGGCCGCCCCAAAUCAGCGGCGAAACUAGCAACGAUUAUGUCUCUCCUCCUUUGCGCCAGCGCAGUACUAGUACUCCUCUCAAUUUGCAUGUUGCUUCGCGCCCGUAAUCACAAGCAAAACAAUUUCGAGAACGCUUGGGAAAUGACUUUUUAUCAGAAAACGGAGAUUUACAUCGACGACGUCGUCCAGAAUCUCACGUCGGCGAAUGUGAUCGGCACAGGAAGCUCCGGCGUCGUGUACAGAGUCGAAAUCCGAAAUGGCGAUUCCGAAACGGUUCUGGCGGUGAAGAAAAUGUGGGGCUCCGAAGAUUCAUCGGGAGCAUUCGCAUCCGAAAUUAAGACUCUGGGUUCGAUUCGUCACAAGAAUAUUGUGCGUCUUUUGGGAUUUGGAUCGAACGGAGCUCUGAGACUUCUGUUCUACGACUACCUGCCGAGAGGGAGCCUGAGCUCGCUACUUCACGGAGGCGGCGCCGGGAAGGGAGGAGGGGCGGAGUGGGAGACGAGGUACGAUGUCGUCCUGGGGGUGGCGCAUGCGCUGGCAUACUUGCACCAUGACUGCGUGCCGCCGAUCUUACAUGGGGAUGUAAAAGCGAUGAACGUGCUUUUGGGUUCGAAUUUUGAAGCUUACCUUGCGGAUUUUGGGCUUGCGAGGCUCGUGCACGGCGGCGAUGGUGGUGAUCAUGAUUGUUCCAAAGACAAUGGGAAUCAGAAACCCAGGCUUGCCGGUUCCUAUGGCUACAUGGCUCCUGAGCAUGCCUCGAUGCAACCCAUCACGGAAAAGAGUGACGUAUAUAGCUUCGGAGUGGUUCUAUUGGAGGUGUUGACGGGUAGGCACCCGUUGGACCCAACCCUGCCUGGUGGAGCACACUUGGUCCAAUGGGUCCGUACCCAUUUGACUAGUAGGCUCGACCCAGUUGACAUUCUAGAUCCAAAGCUAAAGGGAAGGCCCGACCCGCAAGCCCAUGAAAUGCUCCAAACGCUGGCUGUUUCAUUCCUCUGCAUCAGCACCCAACCCCACGACCGUCCCACCAUGAACGACGUGGUUGCGAUGCUUCAAGAGAUUCGACAUGUGGAUGCCUUAAGGUUGGAGGAUCUAUCGAAGGGUGCUCAUGCUUUGUCAACGACGACGACAACUCUGUUGUCAUCGCCGACGCCGGAUCGAAAAAUGAUUCUUCACGGGUCUUCUAAUUGUUCCUACGCUUUCUCUAAUGAAUCAAUUUGAUGGGGAAAUGGGUUAGAUUAUGGCUGUGUUCUCAGAGAAUCCAAUGAUGAAGGAGAAGGCUUAUUGUAACUUUCGUUUGUUUGAUUGUUUGCUUGUUCCUUUGUUUUUGUUUUUUAUUUUUAAGGAUAGAGUAUUUGGUUGUAUAUAUGAUUCUUGUAGACCAAAAUAAUUAGUCUAUUGACAUAAUUUUUAAUUAAA